AUGGCUCGUAUUGCGGAAGAUCAAGUGGUUGAGUUCUCUCUCGCAGAGGUCCAAUCGGUGAAGUUUCGAACUUCGAGGACUCUGUUGGGGCGAUUAUUCUCGGAAACCAAAUUUACUCCUAGUGAGUUGCGAGAGGGCUUGAUCGAGGCCUGGCGGGUGCAAGGAAAUUUUAGGGUUUCGGUCACUAAAUAUGGCUUAUUUGAAAUUGUUCUGCCAAGUGAUGAGACGAGGGUUUGGAUCCUCAAACGGACUCCGUGGAUUGUCAAAGACAGAAUUUUACACCUCCGGUCUUGGACUUUAGCUAUCACGAGGCCAGUUUUCGAUGAUCUGGCUACUGCUCCUUUCCGUGUUCAAUUGUGGAAUGUGAAAGAAGAUUGCUGCUCCAAGCAGUUCGGUAGAAAAGUGGCAGCCGGAAAAAUAGGCCAAGUCUUGGAGGCUGAUGUUUUCGCAUCCAGAGAAACAGAGGAGUGCUUUAUUAAAGUGCACGCCCUCAUCGAUUUCACUAAGCCGUUGCGGUCUCAGUUCUUGGUGGUUAGUGAAGAGCUUGGUAGCUUCUGGGUAAACCUCAAAUAUGAAUUUCUGCCGACCUUCUGCUACCUCUGUGGCCGUGUGGGGCACUCGAAGCCAGAAUGUGUUUUUGAUCCUCCACCUGGUAAAGAACGCUUUGGCCCGCAUAUGUCUACAAGGAAACUAGGAAGGAAGAUCUAUAUGGAUGAGGAUGAGUUCCCAAAGUUUCACAAUACCAGUAAAUCAGUGUGGGUGAACAAGAAUGUUCAAGUGAAGAAUGACGGGAGUGCUAAGAAUGCUAAAACUCGUGAGAUGCGACCUGUGUCUAGUGAUCGCUCUGUUGAGCAGGUGGUUCAUCAGCAGGAGAUUCAUGGCUGUAUGGAGCCGCAACCUCGGGUGCAGGAAUCCAGACCUAAGCUGUUAGGGAACCGUGCUAGACCUAAACGGGUUGUUUUCAAGGCCUCACCUCGAGUGAAGAUUGGUGGUGGGAUUCGUCCGCACCAAAAGAAACUGUCUCCCAGAGAGGCUGCACCUCUCCCCCGGAAGGGCUCCAAGGGUCAUCAGCAGGGUGGAAAACAUGCCAGAAAGGUGUCUUCCAAUCGUCAGCAGCCAGAGGACCAGGUUGAGGUUGUUCUGGAACAAUCCCGAAGGCGAAGGCUGAUCUUGCAAGAGGAAUCGGAAGAAGAGGAGUUGGCUGGUGCGAAAGCCGCCCAAUCUAGACAGCCCCUGGAGAAUCCUCGAAUUCCCCCAAAGGGUACUUCUCACAAUGGAAGUACGGUGCAUCGGGCUCGCCCGCGACUGAAAAAGGGCGGCGCAGACUGCAUGCGGGCUAAGUCGAAGCAGGAUGGGGGAACGACUCCGUCUGGUGAUCUGCGAGAGUUGGAGGAUGAGGAGGCUGUAGCCCCUCGAGUUUAUGAGGGUCAGCAGCAGACCAUGGAUUCAGAUGAUGAUCAGUCGAACAACAAUAAGUUCUCGUUUGAGAUUAAGAGAAGAUCACAAGGUGGGGUCUCCAUGGAGACUCGUAAAGUCUUGACUGGGCGAGUCCACUAA